AUGGUGAUGUUUGUGGCUAGCGUCACCGACUGCGUCAUGGUUGUCUUCGUCCUCGUGGUCGGCGAGGUGGUGAUGCUUCUGGCCGGCGUGAACGACGGUGCCAUGGUGGUCUUCAUCUACGUGGUCGGCGAUGUGCCCAUGCUUGUGACCGGAGUGACCGACAAUGUCAUGGUGGUCUUCAUCUUCGUGGUCGGCCGAAAUUACCGCCGGCCUCCCCGAAUCCUUUUCGCCAGCGAUGGAAAAAUAGCCCCGCCGCCGCCAGCAAAUUCGCCAGCGUUAUUUGGCCUAUACCACCCCCACGACCGAGACGCACCCCAUCCUAUCCGCUCGGCCACCAAAUUCCCCACUCAUCCCCUUUUCUUCCGUCGCUCCGCUCCAUGGUGGUUCUCGCCGGCCGCCCCUGCCACCAGAUUCCCUCGACGACGCCCCAUCAGCUCCCACCCACCUCCACUGCCCCAUCCCUCCCUUCUCGCCACCCAGAUCUCGCCGCGACCGCCCGCCGCAGCGGCCAGAUCUCCACUUCCGGCCGCCCGCCUCGCGAGGAUCAUCCGUCCGCCGCUCCCCCACGACCCCGCACACACGUCCCUCGUCGGAUCGUGUGUGUGCGCUCGCGUGCGGAAGCGGUUAGGGAACGGCGGAGAGGAGCUCGGAGGCGAUCUGAGGGAGGGGCGCGCGUCCCAUUUCCUGCUCCCGUGGGUUGCGAUCCGUUCAUCGGCUAUAGAUCCGCCAAGGGAGAGAAGUGUUCUAAUGCUCCUACUGAUGAGUCAGCUGCAGGUCGUCGACCUCUACUACAACUAGCUAAAUAUUCGGGCGAUAUCGCUGGCGAGCUGAGACGGGCAACGUCUUCGGCGAGCUGAGACGGAGCUGGCGACGAGAAGGCGACGUCACCGGCGAGCUGAGACGGACGACGUCACCGGAGUCUGUGUUUUCUAAACAUACUCUUGGUCUGUGCGUUGUAAUGCGUUGUAAUAUAAUACCUGUUCUAUUUAAAUAAAAUAAAGAGACAACUUGAUCUUUA